GAAGUGGCGGUUACGAUUAGCGAACUCGACACUUGUGUCCCUCUGUCUAAAAUCGAUAAGUGAUUGGUUUUCUUGAUGGUUAAGAUUUUGUGGGUCUAGUAACGUGCUCACAGAAGGUAAGCACCGAAGUGUGUCAGGAGAAUUUGAGUACAAACUCCAGUAUUUUCCAUCAUGUGUCGUCAUUUUUUCCUUUUUACGAUAGCUCUGUAACGUUGGAGGUUUUUUUUUACAGGGAUGUCUUUGUCUCGGCUGUAAAAAAAACUCGGUGAUGUUGAAGGCCAGCCGUUGACUAUAGCUAACCUUAACUGAUCUGUGGUCUGUACCUGUGCACGCUGACUGACAUGUACGUGGACAGCUGCUGCUGCUGCCCUCAAAGCUAGCUUACUGCUGCUGCUGAUGUGUGCGCAGCCAAAUGACAUGAGAGGGAGCGGUUUACAUUUCCAGUGGAUCAAACCUCCAGACAUGCCUGCAUCAUUAGUGUCUGUUCAGAGACAUGCCAUACCAGCUGAUGAAUGUCUGCCGGUGUGGAUGUCAUAGUCAUAAUCUUACAGUGAACAUUUUUACAAUGGAGGGCGGUAGAAAAAAAGGGACUAAAAUUCCCAAAUGGAAUUAUAAUACCAACAUUUAACCAAACUGCACCAUAUUAAAGAUUUUUAUUCGGGUUCAAAGUUCAGUUGAGGUCUCUUGAGUCAUGAUUUGAGGACACUUAAAAUCCCUAAGUUUUGGUUGACAGAUUACACCAACUAAUAAUGGUGUAAAAUGGAAUAGAGGUGGGAACCAGUCUGAUUCCACAUGAUAACAGUAAUGUGAGGAUAGGGCUGGGUGCUAUGGAAAAAAGUUUAUCACGAUAUAUUUUUCAUUUCAGACAAUAUCAAUAUAUAUCACAAUAUAAAAAAUGAAAUUUAACAGUGCUUAUUGAUAGAAUGUCUUUUGCAAUACAAUAAGCUACUGCAUCUGUGAGGUCUUUGUGUCUCUUCAACGCUUUGUCAUUGCGCUACAGACAUAGAUUGUAUAUAGAAUGGACAGCGUCUGCCUCUUCGCUGGGUGAAGCCACUCUGAGAACAGCACCCUCUGGUGACGGGCUGCAGUAUAAGUUCUAUAUCCUGCCUCCACCAGCAAAGCUUAUGGAGCUGUGGACAAACUUUAGAAAUUUAUUACACAGAACAUUAAUUUUUUCCCUGCUGCUUGCAAUGUUGACAUGUAGUAAUUGUGAAACUGGUUUGUGCUCAAGUCCUCUUUUUUUCUGUACAGCUCCGUUUUUAAAAGUUAUUAGGGGCUCAUGUUUUCUAUGAUUGACACUUGAUACAGCCUAUGGGCGUACGAAGGUUGCAUAGCUCACCCGAGGGAUACGCUGUUUGAGCCGAGCGUCAUCACAGCGACUCUCCCACCGAAUGUGUACAAUGCUACUGCGCAAUGUCGCAUUCAGGAAAUUAAGAAAAAACGCAGAAUUAACGCAGAGUUAACGCAGAGUUUUGGCUGCACAGGCGCCAUGGGCUCCUUGCUCCGCUUGGGAUUUGUAACUUGCGUGCUCUGCUCUCUUGUGUGGCACUGCUUCAGGUUGUGAAAAAGAUUUGAGUUAUUCUCGAUUUUGCGAGAACAUGUACUCGACAUAAUUUGUAGUGCGCUUAAUUCUGCUUCAUGUCCGACCUAAAAAAAAACCCCAAAACACCUCCACACCACCAACGUUUUAGUGCCAGUGUUGUCGACAAUGUCGCCAUCUGUUGAGCCUUCAUCUACAUUUCUGCCGGGGGUAGCACUCAUUUUCUUUAGUGCUAUAUAUGCAUGUUGCUGCAGCUGCAGCCUACGACUACACAGUUGUUUGCUACUUGGUUCUAAUUCAGCACGUGAUUGGUUCAGCACGAAGUGGACCCAGAGCAACUCCUUUUUUCAUUGGCUAUUCAUAUAGUCUACCAAAACAUGGCAGAAUGCCGACUAUCAAAAAGAAUAUUGACCAUGUUUGAUAUUUAAAGCACAUUGAUCAUGUUUUAUAUUGAUAUUGAGGGAAAUUAAUUUUCGAUAUAUAUCAUUAUCGUUUUAUCACCCACCCCUUUGUCAGGAUAACAGUAAUUUUUGUGAUAACUGAUAGAAUGCCAGGUAAUCAUAUUGUACAUCAUGACCGAAUAAAGAGGAAUAAAACAAUGCCCCUGAAAAGUAAAGUGCAGGAUUGAUGUCAACACCGCCAUUAGGAGUAGUCAUCUAAUAAGGAGUUGGUUGGUUAUACAGGAGGGAAAAGUCUUCUUCGAUCCUGGUAAUAUUUUAAUCAAAAAGUGGUUAUUUGGCUUCAGUGAUAUAAUUGCAGUGCACAAGCUGAGACAACAAUUUUACUAACAUACGAAACUGGUUAGAGCAAUCCCUGAUCCCUCCAUCUUUAUCUUCCCCCAAAUCAUGAAAAUGAAAAGUUUUAUUCUGCAUGUUGGGUCACUUUGUAGAGGAUCUUUAAGCUUUUUUCAGACUGAAACUACCUAACCAUAUUGCACCCUCCCCCCAUCUGCUGCCUCUUAAGAUCUCUGCCAGCAUCCCCUAUUGAAACUAUCCUCUCUAUUCAUUUUCUCCUUCUCUCAGGGGUUCGUCAUGGCACUGAAAAGAAGGAGGGCAACAUCCCCCUCUAGCAGUGUGAGUGGAGGAGAUUUUGACGAUAGCCAGACUUCAUCGUUAGUCUCUUCAAUUGGGAGAAAGAGGAGAAGGACCUCAAACAUUCCAACUGUGGAUCCUGUAAUUUUACAAAUUUCAGUCAUUGUUGUGCUUUAAAGAUAACAGCAGAAUUGUUGUUCUUGUGCAGAUUAAGUAGUGGACAACAGAGAGGAUGUAGAUUUUUUUUUCAGGGUUGAAUCCUUGCCUUGCAGAUUGCUGUAUGUCAUGAACUUUACAACACAAUCAGAGAUUACAAGGAUGACCAGGGCAGGAUGCUGUGUGAGCUUUUCAUCAGGGCUCCCAAACGAAGGUGAGGAAAGGAAGGCGAAGUCUGUAAAUGCAUGGGUAUAUUUACGACCUGAAAUUUCCACAAAUACAAGUCUCUGCUUCUUUCUCAGAAAUCAACCAGAUUAUUACCAUGUGGUGUCUCAGCCGAUCGACAUGAUGAAGAUCCAGCAGAAGCUGAAGAUGGAGGAGUAUGAUGAUGUUGAACAACUGACAAGUGACUUUCAAUUGUUAUUCAACAACGCAAAGACAUAUUACAAGGUAAAAUAUACAACUACGAGGUAAAAAGUUGACAUUUAUCCGUGGACAGAAAGUAGAAACAAUGUCAGUGCACCUGCAUAGAAAUGUGUGACUUGUGUCUAUCUAGUCUGACAGUCCUGAGUACAGGGCAGCCUGUAAACUGUGGGACCUUUACCUGCGAACCAAGAAUGAAUUUGUUCAGAGAGGGGAAUAUGAAGACGACGAUGAAGAUGGCUAUGAAGCACAUGACAAUCCUGGAGGAUCGACUGAAGAUGAGGUAAAAUUCAUGAUGGCUGCUGUUCAUCUUACCAAAAAGCCAACUCAUUUAACAGCUCUGAAUGAGUGCUACUAAAAUACUCUGAUAUUUUUAAUAUUUGUAAGAAUGAGAUGGAACCAGGAAUGGGGGGGGUUUGAGGAUGGAGUGUAAGUUUCUGUUUUAUUUUGAAAGUAAAGGAUGUCAAGCUACUUCAGUUAACUAGCGAGCUUUACAGAUUUAAAAGAGACUGUCAUUAUUUUGGGUUUAUUAUAACAGAGUUGUUCUUCAGAAUGCUCACAGUAUUUCCUCAGCUAAAAAGGGGACCUUUUGUAUGUGACAGUGUGCGCCCACCUGCCUGAAAGAGAUCCUUGAGCAACUACUCGAUGCUGUGGUGUCUUACAUGGAGCCCACUGGCCGUCUGGUCAGCGAGCUCUUCCAGAAGCUUCCCUCCAAAAUGGUACAAGCUCCUUUUUUAAUAUUUAUUUAUUCUGAGCAAGAAAAAAAGAGAGGCAAAAAAAUGAUCAUACAAUUGCAGAUAGACCUAAGUGCCUGUUAUUCCGCCAGAGUCUCCGGUAUUUAGUUCGUUUUCUUGCUUGUAUUGGCAGUCGUGGAGCAGCGUCUGCCUCACAACCAAUCAGGAUGGGGGAGGCGGGGAAUGGCUCUGUUUACAGUCAGAAAGAGCAGGCUGCUAAAAAUUUUUUGAAUGCAGCGAUAUCAUUAUAUUACCAAAUGUCAUCAAUAACUAAUAGCUAUUGACUGAUGUUAAAAGCUUUUUUGUAUAUAAACCACAAAAAAAGAUGCUUCUUUAAUGGAUUCUUGCCUACCCUACCUUUAACCUGAGAAAUAAAUCUAUUACAAAAAUAUUUAUUUCAAUCCAAAUAUAAAAUCAAAAAUAUAAAACUUCAUCAAAAACUUUUAAAUUGAUCUCUUUAUAUAUCUUGGUAAUCAAGUAUCUUUGGAUCAAGUUUGGAGAUUUGAUGAACCUUUAUUUCAAAUCAAAUCAAAUCAAAUUGUAUUUAUGUUGCACCAAUUCACAACAGUCGUCAUCCCAAGAUGCUUUCCAAAGAAAAAGAUCAGGUCUUGACCACGCUUAUUGUAUUUAAACCAUACCACAGUUUUACUCCACACUGAAGCAUUCCCAUGUUGAUACAGAUUUUUCAAAUCAAAAUGUACCUUCCAUUAUUUUUUGCUUUUGGUACGAUUUGUGCUUCUUGACAUUACACAAGAUCUUUAAAUUUGAGUGAUUUUGAGAGAAGGAAUAGUUAUAUAUCAUUCCAGCUGAUUGAGUCGUCUGUCGUCAGCCUGAGAAACGUGAUUAAUUUAUCCAUCCUGUCUUUCUGAAUCUGUAUUUGUUGAUUAAAUCCAUAGUUUCCAAAAUGCAUCAUUUUUGUUUUAUUAAAGUUUAAAAUAACUUGUUCCUGUCAAACCUUAUUUUCAAUUCACUCAGUUAUGUACUGAUCUCUUGAAGUAACUGUUUCAAAUCACUUGCAAAAAGUAGUGUAAGGGUAGCAAAUAACAUCAUCUUCAAUAUUUUUGAACCAUAGCAUGUUCCAUUAAUAUGAAGAAUUGACAAUUUAGGGCUCAACACUGACCUUCUAUUUGGCUAAUGCAAAAAAAUGUCCUGAAUCUCAAGUGUAUUUUCCCUCUCUUCUUUUAGCAAUAUCCAGAUUAUUAUGCCAUCAUUAAAGAACCAAUAGAUCUGAAAAUCAUCGCCCAAAAGAUUCAGGUAAACUGUUGCACCUUCUACAUCAGGUUUACAAUGUCUCUUUUAAAGGUGGGUUUUAAAUGUCCAGUGCUUAAAUAUGUUCUUGCAGUUGGGUCACUACAGGAGUGUUGGUGCUAUGGCAAAAGAUAUCGAUUUGCUGGUCAAGAAUGCCAAAACUUACAAUGAGCCAGGAUCACAAGUGUUCAAGGUAAAUGUGUUCUUUGCAAAAUAAUUAAAACCAGAUGUCGUAAGCAAAUAUACAUGACUUUGACUCUCUUAUAUGUUACAGGAUGCAAACACAAUCAAAAAGAUUUUUGCACAAAAGAGGUCUGAUAUGGAACAUGGAGAACCAAUCAAGUCCAGCAUGCGUAUCAGGUAAAACUAGGAGAUGGUGCUGGGAUAAAUACAGCACUGUUACCUAUUGAUUUUAACUGUGGGCCUCCUCUUUUUCUGUCUGUCUCUGUCAGGAAUAGAAGGUCUGCACAGGGAGACCGCCUCUCAGCUAUCACCAUGGCUCUUCAAUACGAAAGUGAUGAGGAAGGAAUUCUGUCCGGUACAUCUUCGGCUUAUUUUCUGCAUCUCAUCAAACAGACUGUGCAUCGUUAAAAGUGCUGCAGAUUGUGAGUAGAUAUAUUUCAUAUUUGUGCCAUUAUUUGUGUACGUCCUCUUCUUUUAUCAGGUUCUGUGCACUAUGAUGAGGGCGAAUCUGAGGCAGAGAGUCUGACUUCUAACAUGGAAAUGAGUAACCCCAUCUUUCAGCUGUACGAGGCCGUGCGAGGCGCCAGGAACAGUCAGGGUCAGCUUAUUUCUGAGCCUUUCUUGCAGCUACCUUCCAGAAAGGACUACCCAGACUACUACCACCAGAUCAGCCAACCCAUCUGCCUCCACCAGAUCAAGUAUGACAGAAUUAUUGAUCUAACCCUGUGUGUGUUUUUGUGGAACAGUUUGAAACCAUUUCCAGCUCGGUGUUUUUCAGUGCUAAUUUGUUUCUUUACUACCAGACAGCAAAUUAUCACACUUAAAGAGCCCUGUGACCAUAUUCACAAAACUUCCUAUAACAAAGAGUUGCUCUUAGUCAUCAAAUGCUGUGAAAAUUCUUAGAAUCAUGAAGUUUUCUGAGAGAGACUAGAUCCUGGAAAAAUUAACAGGGUAUCCGAGGUGUCUUAAAAAGUCUUAAAGCGUCCGAUAAUUUGAAUUUAAGACCUUAAAAUAUCUCAAAUUCUCUUAAAAUCUCAUAAAAUGUCUUAAAUAUGACUUUAAAAGGUUCAAAAAUGUAUUAACUCUACUAACAAAAUAAAUAACUUGCCGGAGGAAUAAAAAUGAUUUAAAGUAAAGUGAUAUGUUCCAAAUUCCCUUCAUGUCUUCUGUACUUAAAUGGGUCUUAAAUUGUAUUCAUUACGGUCUUGUAAAAGUCUUGAAAAGUCUUAAAUUUGACUUGUUGAAACCUGCAGAGACCCUAAAUCAAGAGUUAUUCACUGGGUAUCUUGUCUAAGGAGAAAACUGUUGGGAGCAGAAAGGAGGACAUUAUGGAAGCUCAAGAGUUUCUCAAGCAGAGGAGAAAAUGUUGGAAAAUAUUUAACAGAAUUUUAAAGUUUGGCUUACAAUUUCUUCAGCGGAGAUAUUUGAUAGAUAAAAUACUGAUGAAGCACUAUCUAAUCAGAUUCUCUGAAUAGGCUGAAAUAUUUCACUGUCCUUCUAUCCCUGUUGUAUAAAACAUCAUAGCCGAGCUCUUUUUUCUUUUUGUGGAUCAGCCAAUCACAGCUGGUUACAAAACUGACUGAAAUGAAGAGUCUCUGUAUGACCUAAAAGAGCAAAAGAGACUAUCAAAAAUCAAGAGUGAUUAUUUGUAUUUGUGUCACUCUGUCACAGGGUAGAUGUCAGAAGAAGCAAAUAACACCAAGCUGCCAGAACGACUUUAAAAAAACAUUUCUAUGUCUAACAUUUUAUUUAAAUCAUUCAAUAUUACUAAGGAUUUCAUAUUGAUUCAAGAUUUCUUUAUUUUAUUAUCCAUUAAAAAAAAAAAAUUCAUUAUUAUAACAUGGCAUUUUCAGUUUGCUUGUGAUUUCUGGACUAAGUCUUUUUAUAGUACUUCUAAAAGGGAGAAUACCAGGAAUUUUCAGGAUUCUAUGAGUAAAUAUCAAGAAAGUAUUGUUUGUUACUGAUAUUGAAAUUGAGAUUUUAUCCAACUUUUGUGGGUGGAAAUUGAUCAGGCUUUAUAGAACACCAUUCUGCUUCUUCUUCAUUUCUCUAACUAUUCAUAUUGUCAUCAUUGACUUCUCUUAUUUUAUUUCACCAACAUUUUCCCUUUUGUUUUGUUUUUUAUUUCUUACCCCUGCGGCAUCACCGCACUCACUGUACAGUACAGUAUUUCUGUGCCCUCCUUCCCAAAUGUGAGAGCCCCUGAUUCCCCACAGGAACAAGAUGAAGAACAAUGAGUAUGAAAGUGUUGAGCACGUUGACUCUGAUUUGAUGCUGAUGUUCGAGAAUGCCAAACGCUACAAUGUUCCUCACUCCUCAAUCUACAAGCGAGCUCUGAAACUCCAGCAGAUUCAGCAGGUCAGUACCCCUGCAUGCUUUUCUCAGUGUUCUAUGCUUUUUGAACUGUUGUCGAUAAUACUUGUUCAUUUUCAGAUGAAAAGGAAGGAGCUUUUACAGAGAGAUGAUGAUGAUGGAGACAGCAUGCUCUCCUCUGCUACAUCUGACACCAGCAGCACAAAGAGAAAAAGGUUCAGAUUUAGGCACAUUUAAGUCUUUAAACACAAUAAAAUUAUUUUUUCUUUGAAGAAGGAUUGACAUGUGACUUACAUGAUGUUUCCAGCCACAAAAAGAACACUAAGAAGAACAGAAUGAAAGCUCUCCUGAUUUCUGUGACCGAGGCACGAGAAGCUGGCACAGGCCGCAGACUGUGUGACCUCUUCAUGGUGAAACCCUCCAAGAAAGACUAUCCGGACUACUACAAGGUCAUCCUGGAACCAAUGGACCUCAGGACUAUAGAGUACAACAUCCGCUCAGACAAAUACAUGACAGAAGAUGCAAUGGUGGAGGAUAUGAAGCUGAUGUUCCGUAAUGCUCGACACUACAAUGAAGAAGGCUCACAGGUACGCUCUGGUUGGCAUUUUUUAUCCAACUUAGUGCUUUUUUUGAAGUAUUCAUAUUUAAGAGAAUUUUCAAAGUUUGAAAAGCACUUUUAGCUUAUUAAUGGACAAAGAAGUUUCAGGCUACAGAAACAUAAGUUGUAAAGAAACAUAUUCUCAGAGAAACUGAAGUAUAGCAGCUGUUUCAUAUAAAUUUCUGUUUUCUUCAAGGUCUACAAUGAUGCUGAUGUCCUGGAAAAGAUUAUGAAAGACAGACGCAGAGAUCUUGGGCCUGCAACAGAUGAUGAUGACAUGAUGUCACCAAAGUUGAAAAUAAGUGAGUUGGCCUUUUAUUUUAUAUUUUUGCUUCACUUGGAUUAAUUAAAUCACUGCAGACAUCCCAGUUUGCCACCUGUGAUUUUUCAACCGGUGUAAAAAGAAGGACAACGUAGCAGCUCACUCUAAAGUGAAGCCAAAACAGACAGAGCCCACCCUUGUAACUGACAUAAAGCUGCCAGCCUCCUCCAUGCUCACAGAUGGCUCACUUUUCCAAAGGGUUUAAAUUUGUCAACUGAUGCUAUGAAAAAGUGGGUAUGAUGCCAUGAUUGACAGCUUUGUUAACAGCUGUGGUGACACCAGAUGAUCUAAUAGAGAGGACCAAUGAUAGAAGAUAUGACAAACACUCAAAUCAGAGCCAUUAAACUUUCUAUAACCGCAAGUGUCGGCUUCAAACUGACAAGAGAACAUGUUCUGCCGUGGAGUGUACUGGCUAUCAGAGAUCUUUGCAGUUUUAUUGGUAAGUUACAGGGAUAUCCCGGCGUAAAAUUAAGUUAGGGUCAAACACACCUUAACACAGAGUUAGACACCCUGUCGAGAGAUGAAUGUUGCCGACCACUUUCUUCUCUAGUUAUACCAACUUUAGUAACGUCCGCAUGAUAGCAAUACACAGAGGUCUCAAGAGCCACGCACUCAACCAAAAAGCCACUCUAUAGCCACAAAUAAUGCUCAGAAAUAAAUGUUCAAAUAAUGUUCUUCCUUGAGAUGCGUCAUCCCACUGCAGUCAGUUUGGACUAACCCAAGGUCUCAGUACAAACAAGCGGCUGCUGGAAGAGAGUUGGUGAGUUGUGUUUAGUCUCUUUGUUAAAGAAAUCAGUCAAAGUUAAAAAGAUGUUUGGUGGCUAAUACUAUGGCUGGGACCCUAUAUGUACUGUUGAUGAAGUUAGGUGCUGUUCUGAGCAUUAUUUGUGGCUAUAGAGUGGCUAUUUGGUUGAGGUUUGUUAAUGGCUCCUUAGACCGCUGUGUAUUGCUAUCAUGCAGUCGUUACUAAAGUUGGUAUAACUAGAGAAGCAAGCGGUCGGAAUGCCAACAUUAGACGGGGUGUCUAACUCGGUGUGACGGUGUGUUUGACUCUAACUUAAUUAUACACCAGAAUAUCCCUAUAAAUGCUGUUUGGCUGGUGAAACUGCUGCUCCACCAGCUUAUCCCUAUUUUGGCUGCAAAUAAGGCCACAAAGGUCAAACAAGGUCAUAGGAGCAGUAAAUCAUUUGUCAAUGUGUGAAGUUUAAGCAUCACUUUUGUUCAACAUGGGAUAGUUGAACCUUUUAUACAAUCAAUGUUAGUUUCAUCAGUAUGAUUAAUGUGAUUGCAGGAAAGAACAGCAUCACGCUGAAGAAGUCCAAAUACCUGACCCCCCUACAGCAGAAGCUGAAUGAGCUCUAUGAGGCUGUGAAGAACUACACAGACAAGCGAGGCCGCCGCCUCAGCACCAUCUUUCUCCGGCUGCCGUCUCGUGCUGAGCUGCCUGAUUACUACAUCGCCAUUAAAAAGCCUGUGGACAUGGAGAAAAUCAAAAGCCAUAUGAUGUCCAACAAGUACCAGGAUGUAGACGCUUUGGUGGAGGACUUUGUGCUCAUGUUCAACAACGCCUGCACCUAUAAUGAGCCAGAGUCUCUGAUUUACCGUGAUGCUCUGGUGUUGCACAGGGUGCUACUGGAGACGCGGCGGGACCUUGAAGGAGGAGAUGACGCCCAUGUGCCUGAUGUGCCGCGUCUCAUCCAGGAACUCAUCCGUAGUCUCUUUGUCUCUGUGUUAGGCCACCAAGAUGAUGAAGGCCGUUGCUACAGUGAUUCUCUUGCAGAGAUUCCUGCUGUAGAUCCAGCAAAUCCUGAGAAGCCAGGACUCAAUUUUGAGAUCAUCAGAACUAAUGUAGAUCGGGGGCGUUAUAAGAGGCUGGAUGUAUUUCAGGACCACAUGUUUGAAGUGCUGGAAAAGGCCAGACGAUUGAACAGGUGAGGUACUGUUCACCAUCCUGUCCCAGAAUCAAAUGAUCUGUUCAUCCGUUUCUUUUUGCCCGGAUGAUGUCAAAUUGUUAUAGUGAAACAAAAAGUUAUCCUAGACUGCAUCCUCUUUACAGGACUGAUUCAGAGAUCUUUGAAGAUGCUGUGGAGCUGCAGCAGUUCUUUAUCCGCAUCAGAGAUGAGCUGUGCAAGAACGGAGAGAUCCUGAUGUCCCCGGCUCUCAGCUACACGUCCAAACAUCUGCACAGCGAUGUGGAAAAAGAAAAGAAGGAGAAGCUUCCAAAGGAGUUUGAAGAGGACAAAAUCAAGAGGGAGGAGGAAAAAAGGGGUAUUAUGUAUAAUUGUUAUUUAAUAUCACAACACAUAAAAGUUCCCUCUCUUGUUUUCCCAGCAAAUACUGCGACACUGUUCAAGUGAGUUAUUUUGAUUUUCCAGAAGCUGAAAAGAGAGAGGACUCUGCUGGAGGAUCCUGGCAGUCUACCCUGCAGCGCACAUACAGUCAGGACUGCAGUUUCAAAGACAGCAUGUACCACGUUGGGGACUGUGUGUAUGUGGAGCCUGCAGAGCCCAACCUGCAGCCCCAUAUCAUCUGCAUUGAACGCCUUUGGCAGGAUGACACUGGUCAGUUUUACCCAUCAAAAAAGGGAUUGUGGUAUUAUAUGCUAGAACGUGUUAUUUUUCAGCUUCACUGACAGUGCUUCUUAAAUAGUGUAAAUUGCAUGCAGUUGCAGAGGGGCAUGCUUCGUUUUUAAGCAACAACUGAACAUGAAGAACAACCUGACUUAAGCAUUUAUGCUAUCUGCUGUUUCUCGCUGAGAGACAUACAAACUUUGGUAUGGUGUCAUGUGAACAGGAAAUAUGAUUUAUGUUAAGGUAGUAGUCUGUGCGCUUUAGCUGAGAUAAAAAUGUUGUUCUUGUAAAACUUAAACUCAGAAAUCUGCAACCUCAUAUCUAACUGAUGUGAUGUUUCAGAUUUAAGUUGCAGGUGUGUAAAUUUCUCAAGUAAAAAUGCCAAAUAACAUCACCCCACUGAUCAUUUUUUGGUCUAAAAGGGGUCUAAAUGUAGCCUAGAUGACUGGAUAAAGUCAGUCUACCACAGGUCUAAAAGUUUUUAGAUGUCUAAAUUUGGACCAAGUUUAGACCAAGUCUAAGUCUAGACUAUAUCUAUACUACACUGUAUAUUGCUCAACAGCUAUCAUAAUUAUUUUGGUUAAGUACUUGGAGAUCAGUUAUACAACUCACAGUUGCUUUUUGAAAUAAAUAGUUAUUGAAUAAUGGGUUAAAGUGCAACAUCUAAAUUCCGUGUAAAAAUAUACAGAAUCUAGACGUUUGAAAGUAGGUUUAAAAAAAACUAGAUGUCUAAUAGCCGUCUAUUGCUCAUGUACAGAUUAGGCAAGAAUCAAGAAACAGGGAGUCACAAAUAAGAGACUAGAUAGAUACCUGUUGUUAACCAUAGUUCCUUUUUUAUUAAUCCCUCUUUUGCCUUAAAAUAACAGGUGAGAAGUGGCUGUACGGCUGCUGGUUUUACAGGCCAAAUGAAACAUUUCAUCUCGCCACGAGGAAGUUCUUGGAAAAGGAAGUUUUUAAGAGUGAUUAUUACAACAAAGCACCUGUCAGCAAGAUUCUGGGCAAAUGUGUGGUCAUGUUUGUAAAGGUAAAAGCUCUCUUUUUCUGUAUGUUUUACUUGUCUUAAUUGAAUUUACUUUUUGUUGUCUUUUGUGUUUUGACCACAUGUUUCUGAUGUGUCAAAUUCAAGGAGUACUUCAAACUUCACCCAGAAGGCUUUAGAGCAGAGGACGUCUAUGUCUGCGAGUCACGCUACUCUGCCAAAUCUAAGUCCUUCAAGAAGAUUAAAAUGUGGACAAUGCCUUUGAGCUCAGUCCGCUUUGUUCCCAGAGAAGUCCCCCUGCCUGUUGUCCGUGUGGCGUCCAUGUUUGCCCUCAAACAGGAGGAAAAACCAGUGGAGAUGACCGAUGAAUGCAAAAUGGCAGAUGUUGUUGUGGACAAGGUGAAUGCAUUGUGUUUUUUUUCUUAAACAAUGACCAGAAUACAGAUGAAAUAACAAAGACUAUUUUCAGGACAAAAAUCUGUGUCUACAGGAGAGGGAGGAUGUCCCAAUGGAAAUGACCAAUGGGGAGCCAGGAUGUCAAUAUUAUGAGCAGCUUUGCCACAACAACAUGUGGCUGAAAGCAGGAGACUUUGUUUACAUUGGCUCACAUGGGCUAGUGCGCCAUCGAGUGGGCAGGUAGAGUAAAUGCUCUGAUUCCCAUUGACACAGUUAAACCCUGACAUGGUUGAUAAUGCUUGUUUGUGGACAAAGUCAUUAAUUUUACUUUUACUAAAAUGUUAACUUUUUGUGAUACGAAAAUUGUCUUUGUUUGUUUAUUAUAUUUCACAGGAUUGAGAAAAUGUGGAUGCGAGAUGGAGUGGGCUACUUCUUUGGUCCGAUCUUUAUCCAUCCAGAGGAAACUGAGCAUGAGCCCACCAAGAUGUUCUACAAGAAAGAAGUGUUCCUGAGCAACCUGGAGGAGACUUGUCCGAUGACCUGCGUCAUAGGUGCCAUCUCUAUUGGUUGAAUUAAAUGUCAGAAGUUUGGUUCAGGAAUAUGUUGCUCUGUUUUAUGCCUGUGUGGUUGAACAUCAAAUUCACGCACUGAGUGAGUUUUCUUGUUCCACAGGAAAGUGUGUGGUAUCAUCGUACAAAGACUACCUGUCCUGUCGGCCAACUGAAGUGCCUGAAGAUGACGUUCUGCUCUGUGAGAGCCGCUACAUUGAGAGCGAGAAGCAAAUGAAGAAGUUUAAAGGUCUGAAGCGCUUUUCCCUCUCUGGAAAAGUGGUUGAGGAUGAAAUUUACUAUUUCAGGUGAAAGAAAAUUAAACUAAUAAUGCAAACUACAAAUUAAAUACACUGAUUAAUUCCUACUUGUUGUUCAGACAAGAAUAUCUGUUGUGAAACGUGCUGUAUUUCUGUGGCUGUUCUAAUUUAAGCCACUUCUUCCUAAUUGAGGAAUUCACUUCAGAAAGGUGAUUAUACUGUAAAGCACAAAACCUGUUUGUAAUUGUGUUGUGCAGGAAACUCAUCGUCCCCCAGAAGGAGCCGUCCCCUCUUCUUGAUAAGAAAAUCGAAGAACUGGAAGCCAAAUUUGCUGAAAUGACAGAUGAGGAGUUGGAGGACCUUGGUGACGAUGAUGGCGAGCUCGGGGACCAGUCUCUUCCUCAGAUGCAGUCUGCCAUGUCCAGUGACAUGGACAUCAUGCCUUAUACUCCUCCGCAGGUCAGUGUGAAAGUUAAACAUGGACUGUCGACUGUAUUUCAGUCUACUCAGGGGAUUUCUUUUAAUGUUUGUCUUGUGUUUUGGUUGCAGUCAACACCAAAAUCCAUAAAGGGACUUUCAAAGAAGGAGGGCUCGAAGCGUAAGAUCAACAUGAGUGGCUACAUCCUGUUCAGCAGUGAGAUGCGAGCUGUCAUCAAAGCCCAGCACCCAGACUUUUCCUUUGGGGAGCUGAGUCGCCUUGUCGGCACGGAGUGGAGAAACCUGGAGGGCUCCAAGAAAGCCGAAUACGAAGGCAAUCAAACAUUUUUAAGACACUGUUCAUCUAGCCUCUCCUGGGAAAGUUAUGCCCCCAGAACUGUGAACCAUACAAAGUUGUCACCCAUCACUUGUCUUUAUUAUCCUUCAGAGCGAGCAGCCAAAGUGGCGGAGCAGCAGGAGCGAGAGAGGGCCCAUCAUCAGACGUCCCCAAGAGCAGGUACCCCUGUAGAGGCACUGAUGGGGGUGGUACCUCCCCCAACCCCAAUGGGGAUGCUUAAUCCCAGCAUGACGCCUGUGUCAGGUAACCCCUCAUGGAUGCAGAUGGAUCCCCAGUGUACACUAGAAGGCUGGAAUAAGGAGCUGAACUGCUAGAUAUGUUAACACUCUUGGCUUUUUAAUCCCACCUGUGUUGUAGCAUGUUUGUGAAUGUGUUGCAUCUAACGUCAUUUAUUAAGCCCACCCCUUGAAUGUUGUACAGCACUCUGUGUUCUGUAUUUGACUGCAGAACACAGAGUGGAAAGUUACCGUUCACCCAGAAAGUAAAAGAACUUAAAAAUGCGCUUUUAGUGCUUGAGAGUAGUGCAUGUGCAUCAUUGUUUUUAUUGUGCAUUUGUCAAUUUUCUGCCAUUUAUAUUUCCAUUCAUAUUCAUCACAAUAACCUGUUUAAUAUAUUAACGCAUAUAUCAGGCCUAUUUUUUGAUGAGCCAAAUUUUGCAAUAAGUGAAGAGCAAAUGUGCUGUGCAUUUAAAUUUCCUCUGUCAAACCUGUAAAGCCAGGGGUUUAAGUGAUAAUCGGUUUAUUACGUUUAUUUACCAAUCACAAUGUGGCAUUUUUAUCUUUUUUAUACAACCCAACACUAUUUCUCUGUUGAAAUAGCCUGGUUAGGAUUUCAACAUUCAUAAACCUCUCUCACAUUCAUAUAAACGAUUACUAGGCUGAGCAGAGAUCUUUGGCCGAAGGUUCGGUUUCGGCCUGUAGACCAUAACUUUAAUAGGUCUGAUAUAUAUAUGACCAUAUUUCUGCAUGUUCUGUGGUGAAGUAGUGAUGCAUGACUAAAGCAUGUCACUGUCUUUUGUUACUACCUCCCUUCCUAACAAGGUAUGAUAGAAGGACAUAGGUCAGCUAUGAUGUUCCCCUCGUGGGGCCACACUGACAGCAUGGUUAGUAUGACUGGUAUCCCGCGUCACUUCAUGGGGGUGCCUGUCCCCAUUCUCUCCUGCACUAUGCCUGGGUUCCCUGGAAUGCCGUACUUUGGUAAGAGUGCUGUCAUAGCCACCCCACCUGCCAUGCAGUUGCUUCCUGUCUGCUAGUCUGACUUGCUGGAGGGGCUACCUGUACCAAUAGGCUGAGGUUACUGAGUUGAUGAGCCACAGGUUGAGUGCAUAAAGCCUCAACUUGGGCUUACUAUCUUCUGUGCUCAUUACCGAUAAGCUUGAGAAUUAACUUUUGUUUAAAUGAAACUUCUAAAUUUCACAUUUUUGACUUUGUGUGAUUCUAUUAAUGUAAAUCAACGACAAGUGGCCUGUCGCAUUUUUGUCUGUCUUCAUUAUGGUUGUUUUGUUACAGGUAUCUCUGGUAUGGCAGGCGGAGCUGGAAACAUGCAUGGAUCCCAGGUAAGCCACAAUGCAAACCAUCUCUAACAUCAGUGUUCACAUAUAUUUUACUGCAUUUGGUGCUCUUAAAAUGUAUGCAGAAAAACCGUCUGCAGCCCAUCCCAUCAUUUUGAGCUGUCGUUCUCAUCUGCUAUCUUAAAGUCUGGUUCAACUCCAAGAUUAUGAUAUCCAUAAUAAAGUCCUACUGCAAAGAUCAUGACAAGUUAAAAGACCAAAUUAACAGUCCAAAAAUAGCAUAUGUGAUUCAAUAAUAAUGAUAAUAAUAACACAGUUUUUUAAUGUUUCCAUUAGAUGGGUCAUCUGGGCUCAGGGCAGCAGGCUCCACCACCCUACCCUGGACAAAGCCACAUUGGGCAGCCUGCUCUCCAGCAGCCUUCCACUCCAGUGUUUGUAUCCCCACCAGCCAAGACACAGCGGCUGCUCCACUCUGAGGCUUACCUCAGAUACAUAGAGGGCCUCACUGCGGAGUCUUCUACUAUUAGCAAGUGGGACCAAGCUCUCUCAGGUCAUUACUGUUUCUUUUCAGUGAUUAAAUAAAAAAGUCAACCAUGCUAGAUCAUAAAACUUAGGAGAAAUAUUUUUGGGUUUUGUUUAACUUUUAAUGACUUUUGACAUGAUUACUUAGCUAUAUAGGAGGUUUCCUAAGUUCCCUGUCUAUGAUACAAAAAGCCCUCAUGUGGUCCAGAACAUAUACCCUAAAAUAAAUGCUUUAUAUUCUAACUUAAACCAUUAAAAGAGUAUUAAUAUCACAUUUGAUACUUCUCAAAACAUUUUAUUAAACAAAACUCUCAGAUUUCUGCUUUUAAUACCUUUUUUGUGCACUUUUAGUCAAAAAACAAGAUGUGCGUCUGACAAAGGAGCAAGAGAGCAGACUACCAUCCCACUGGCUGAAGAGUAAAGGGGCCCAUAAGACCAUGGCAGAUGCACUUUGGCGACUUCGUGACCUGAUGCUGCGAGACACCUUAAAUAUCCGUCAGACGUACAAUCUGUAGCAUGCUCGUAUUCUGAGCCUCUUAUCUACAUACCUGUGAGACAGGAAAAGGAUUAAGCUCACUAAAAGUGUUUACUUUGUGUUACUGUUUGAAGACAUGUGUUUGUAAUCAUUUCAGCUGCUUUUUGUGUUUACGCAGAUUUUUGUUUAACAUUUAAGAUCAACUAUUCUAAGUGCAUUAUUGUUCAAGACUGUCAGUCUGUGGCGAUUGCCUUCAUGCUUUCAUGAUUAAAUAUGAAGACAUCA